AUUGCUAUUCCUCGUGAUAACUUGUCAUCACUGUCAUUAAUACUGAUUAAUACGUACUAUACGUGGAUGAUACGUUGUCAAUAGUUGUAUUUCCAGUGAUCUCAGACAUCUCUUAAUUAACAUUUAAUUUACAAUUAACUUGCGAUUAACAUUUUAAUCCAAGAGCCCAUUUUCGAGAAAUGGAUUCCGAAAAAAACGAUUCCGAUAAGAUCGAAGAACAAUCGGUUACUCGAUGGCGACAAGACCAGGAGGAUGUGCCCAUUACCUCGAGCAAAAUCGAUAGGCCGCCGACGGGUUUUGUAAGAUCUCAAAGCAAGUUCGAACGACCAAGGUCUCGACGCGGACAUAAGGAUGAAUCAUCGGAGUAUGUCAAUUCGGCUAUGUACCGUUCAGCAACACCAGGACGUCUCGCUCUUGCGAGACCACCAUCGGCGUCCCUUUUAUCGAAUCGUGCACCGACCGCAGGUCCAGGCGGAUUCAGAAUAGGCUCCGGACUGAGUCGUUCUGGCACAGGACUGGUAACCGCUAAGCAGUUCAACGUCAGUGUGUUGGAUAGACCGAUUACACAGCAUGGAAUAGCAGGCAUACGACCGGGUACCACCAGAGGUCUGCCGAUGACGAGGCAGAUUCAAGACAAGAGAUACUACGAGGGUUUGCUGCAGCUGAAAAUAAGAGAACUGAUGCAAGAGAUUGGAAUGAUAAUAAAGGACAUUGAAGUACAGAACAAGGAGAAAGCUACUUUCUUGCACUAUGAUAAGAGAGCUAAGAGCCUUGCCGCAGAGUUGACAACUCUACAGACUGAAUUAGCAAAUUACAAUCUUGUCGUGGAUAAAAUGACUCUGGACGUGAGCAAGGAAGAGAUUGAAGAGGAGGCUAAGGAGCUGGCGCUGAUGAAUGAACGUAGGAUGGCAGAAGUCGAACGGAUGUUCGAGCAACGGAAGCAGAUGGAACAAAAACUGCAUAUGAUAGAAAAGGAUAUCGAAAAUGAGAGAAAAAGGACCGAACAUAUCAUUGAGAAUAUGGAUCCACACACAAAAGAGAAAUACGAUAAUCUGUUCCGACAGAAAACAGAAUUGCAGGAACAAGCACAGCAGAUGCAGCGCGAAUUGGAUCAACUAUCAAAAGAGCAAGUGCAUUUGGAGGAACAGAUCGCUCUCUCUCCGUUAAAGCAAGAGGCGGUGAAACUGCAAGUGAGAAUCAUCGAGGCUGAGGAAAAGCGAGACAAAUUAAGGGAAGAAGAACGCAAAAGAUUAUCACCAGAAGAUGAGAAGGAGCAACUGUUACAGAAAAUCAAGCGUGACAACACCGACAUUGCUGCGACAGAGGCACAAAUAGCUGAGAAGGAGAAAAAGGUGGCAGAACUCGAGCAACAAUUGGAACAGCUGGAGACCGACAUGGAGGAUAAUCAAUCAGAGAAGCAAAUCAAAUAUCAGGAAUUGCGUAAGCGCGAGGAGAUGAUGGAGGAGUUUAUGUCCACGUAUGAACAGAGCAAACAAGAGGAAAUGGAGAAACUGGAAAAACUCGAGCAGGAGAUCAUUGACAAGCUAGAGACCAUGGCGAACGCGGUAGAGAACAACGAGUACCUUACGGAAGCUGAAGAAACAGCUAUUUUACGUGAUAAAUUCCCAUACAACGAUUACGAAACCGUGCAUCGCGAUGAUGACUUCGAAGAGCUGAAGAAAGAUUAUGCAACUAUGCAACAGACAUUCAACAGACUAAGGAUUCUAGAGGAAAAGCUGCAGCUAGAAUCCAAGUUGAUGAAAGAGAAGCUGAAGAAACAACAGAGCGAAUUGAUUGUCCUAGAGGAUCUGGAUGGGUUAAAAACACGAAAUGAACUUGAACGGGACGAGUUAAUCACCGAACGAGAAGGAUUGGUGUCUGAAGAGUCGAUUUGCGAGGACGAGCUCAAAUCACUGCAUACUGAAUAUAACGAACUUAAAGAGCGAGUGGAGAAAUAUGCGAUUUAUCCGGAGAUCAGUAACCUAGACGAUAAACUAGAAAAAUUGAAAGAAGACAAUAAAAAAAUCGAGGAAUUCAUAGCUAAAGAAAAGGAGCGCGUUAAUUAUGAGCCGGUCAAAGAGAAAGCUUUCGAACUAAUUAACAGUUAUGGAGCGCUACUUCAAGAGAAUCUCAAUUCCCUUUAUUAGAUAAUGUACUUUACACUAUGUCUCUAUAAUUAACAUUAUUUCUAUA